AAAUGCCUCAGACCAUUCUCGUCCUUAAACAGAUCUGUGGAACCCCAAUAUACAUCAGGAACACUGCUAACCUCAAUCAAUGGCUUCAGGGUUAGGCUCAUCUCUUGUACUCUUGGUUGUAAUAUGUCUUCAAAGCCCGCAAGGGUUCAAUGCCUUCCCACAGAUGUCUCUUUCCAACCUCUUUACAAAUGCUGUCAUUCGAGCUCAGCACCUUCACCAGAUGGUUGCAGAUACCUACAGAGACUAUGAAAGAACAUAUAUACCUGAAGAUCAGAGAUUUUCAAACAAACACUCAUAUUCAGUGUAUUGCUACUCAGAAACCAUCCCAGCACCAACAGACAAAGACAAUACUCACCAAAAAUCAGAUAUGGACCUCCUCCGAUUCUCCCUCACACUCCUGCAGUCAUGGAUGACCCCUAUCCAAAUUGUCAACAGAGUUUUUGGCAACAACCAAGUGUUUGGGAACAUUGACAGAGUUUUUGACAGACUGAGGGACCUCGACGAAGGAAUACACAUUCUCAUGAGAGAGCUGGAUGAUGGAAAUGUCCGGAACUACGGUGUGCUGACUUUUACAUAUGAUAAGUUUGAUGUCAAUCUGCGCAGUGAAGAAGGCCGGGCAAAGAAUUACGGUCUGCUCUCCUGCUUCAAGAAAGACAUGCAUAAAGUAGAGACCUACCUGAAGGUGAUGAAGUGCCGGAGAUUUGUAGAGAGCAACUGCACCUUUUAAUCAAAAACAGGAAAUAAAUGCAAUAUUCUCCAUAGUCACCCCCACCUCCUGCAGACACCCGCUGCAUUUUUAUAUCUUCAGGAGGUAGGGCCCACUAAUAUAUAUUCCUUUUAAACUUCCUGACCAACGCACAUUUUUUUGCAGAUGUAUUUUGCUUUGUGCUUUUGUUGUCUUUGUAUGUUGUUAAAAAAUAAAAUAUAGGAGGCAUUUACAUGA